CUAUUCUCUCUCUCUCUGAAGAAUUCCCAGAAAAGGGAUCAGACAAAACAUCCACACUCUAGGACAGAGCAACCAGCAGAACAACAAGUGGUUUGAGAUGAGAUUAUGGCUGCUGCUGUCUUGUUGUUAAAUAUUAUGGCUCAAAACAACACCACCAAUGCCACUGAUGAUGUAAAACCCACUAUUUUACAUGAUUUUCUUGGCCGUGGAUGUGCUCCGGCCACCAAGUUCGCCGCCGAUGCUUCUUCCCCUUCUGCUUCCGUCUCUGGUGGUGGCGCCCGUGGUGGUGGCCCCGUCUCCACUACUUCUGAUCUGGGUUCUGAAAGGCAGGUUGGAACACAUUUUGAAGGGGUGCCAUUCUUUGGUCAAAAAGGUGAUUUUUCGGGCUCCAAGAUUCGGUACUCAGGGAAUAAACGCAGUAACUCGGAUUCUGUGUUUAUGGCACCGUCAAGAGACGGUAUCCCCCAAUUGCGACCAGACUUUCCUGAGACCUCGCAUUUGAUGAAGAUGCUGAGAAAUGUAGGGGCAGAGCGACCUAGAUGGCCCCAUGAGGAUGAGUCUUUCAUGGGGGUGCAUCAAAUGAGGCCGACAGCAUCAUCUCUAAUGGUACAACCAGCCACUGGCAGUAAAACUGAUGCCAACGCAUCUAAAUGGGAGCGAGCCAUUCCUGUGAACGUUGGGCCUGUACUACAGUAUCCUCCGCGUGUUGGUCAAGUUGUAUCUUACGGGUAUCAAGCAGUUUCAAACAGAUUCAAAGAUGCCAAUGUGGGUUCCUCAGUGAUUUCGCAGUCGGCUGCUGAUGAAGGAUCUAGGACUGGAAUCAAAGGGUCUGGGAUUUUGAGCUCGGUUAAUGUCAUGGCUGAACCAAGCAGCAGCAAACAGAAGUCUCUGAAUAGUAAUACCGAGCCAGGCUCUUCUGCUCCACUUCAGCGACAAGGAUCUACAUCUGCCAGUCGCCAGAUGACCAUAUUUUAUGGCGGUCAAGCCCAUGUGUUUGAUGAUGUUCACCCAAACAAGGCAGAUGUAAUAAUGGCCCUAGCUGGAUCAAAUGGAGGAUCAUGGUCGACAAGUUUCUCACCCAAUUCAGCUGUAAAACCAUCUGGUGGUGAGGCUAUUCCUGUGAGCGGUGAGAAUGACACAAUCAUGGCCGCUAAAACUGCUUUGUCGAGUAAAGAUAAUCUUGGGAGAUUAUACAGCCCUGGAAAUUCAAGUCAUGGGCUUGGCUCUAGUGAUAGAAUGCUAAUGCUUUCUGGGGGGCAGUCAAUGAAAGAUGCAAGAGGGGCAAUGCAAGACCAAAAGACUGAAGAGAAACAGUGAUGAAUGGCUUUCAAAGGUACCUAAUCAUGGAUGAUUAUUGUUGUAGGGAGUUGGAUUAUGGUGUAGUUUAGCUGUUAACUAUUUCUCUAGUUAUUCCACCAAAUAGUAAAAUUGCUGCAAAUUAUAUAGUUUCACUCUAUGAUACUUAUCCACAAGACAUCUUUUUGGCCAUCUUCAAUCAAAUCUAUCUACCCCCUUCUCCCU